AUUAUACAAUUACUACUAUACUCUUCCACACUAAUCUCAGGAUUAAUUUUUAUUCAAAUAAACCACCCCUUAGCGAUAGGUUUAAUACUAUUAAUUCAAACCCUACAAAUUUGUUUAAUCACUGGAUUAAUAGCUAAAAGAUUCUGAUUUUCCUAUGUAUUAUUUUUAAUCUUUCUAGGAGGAAUACUUGUAUUAUUCAUCUACGUAACCUCAUUAGCAUCAAAUGAAAUAUUUUCUUUGUCAAUAAAAUUAACAACUAUUUCUACUAUAAUUAUAUUAAUAUUAACGCUAACUACUAUAUUCAUAGACAAAUCAUCCACAUCGUUCUUUAUUCAAAACCUAGAAAUGCACCCCAUAUACAAUUUAACUCUAACUAUUCCUGAAAACUCUUUAAAUCUUCACAAACUAUAUAAUUUACCAACAAAUUUUAUCACUAUCCUAUUAAUAAACUACUUAUUAAUUACAUUAAUUGCCGUAGUAAAAAUUACUAAGCUAUUCUACGGGCCCCUUCGGCAAAUAAACUAA